UCCAACAACUCUCUCUCACUACUUGUUUUAGCUUCUUCUCUAUCUACACAAUAAAGAAGCUCAAAAAAACCUCUCUUCUCUCUCUUACUCUACUCUCUUUUACCUUCGUUAGCUGAUUGGGUCAGCUUCGUCGGCGCGAUUCCCGCUUCCGGAUUUCACGGAGGAGAUUAGAGAUCUGUUUCUCCUCGUUUUUGCUCCUUCUGAUCUGAUUUUUCACGGCUCUUCUUCCGAUGGCUGCUGCUCCAGUCUCUGCUCACUGAUUCUGACGAGGAAGGUGUUUCCUGCAAGAUAAUUUCGAGCAUUUUAAGCUUCUUCAGUAGAAUGGGAAGCUAAAGGAAUUUAUCUGAAUGAGACGUUACUGCUUCUGAAACAGAUGGAGUGCCGUUUGGAGCUGAAGAAGGGUUCAAGUGAUAGACCUCCUUUUGUGGCAGCUGAGAAGAGAGUAUUGACUAAGGAAAGCCAAAGGUCAUAUCUUCCGGAUAAGUUUAGAGAUGAUAAACGCGGAUUGUCUUAUUCCGACUUCCACCGAGAGAUCACCAAAAAGGUCGAAGACGUCUGUCCCAAACGCCUGGAGAAUCGUCUCAAGUCUCGGAUAGGUAGAACCGCGUCAGGAGAAAGAGACCUUGUGAAAUACAAGUCUUAUGUGCCGAGUUAUAUAAAGAAAUGUGAAAAACUUGAAGUCAAAGACGUUAAAGCCGGUGGCUUUGGUUCACAGGACCUAAGAAGUAGGCAGUCUGGUGAUAAACAGUUCGAUAAGCAUACAAGGUCUUCGUUGUCCAACACAAGCACAUCGUCAUCACUCUGGACUGAUGAAUCAUCGACUGAUUCCAGCAGAGGUUUGUGUGCUUCUCCUUUCCGCAAAAGGAUUAAUCAUCCUCCCCUGCAGUACUAUCUGAUGUCAUCUAAGCCAGGAGAUUGUCCUCAAGAUUUUGUUCCACUUCCACCUCGAGAUAAUGGUGAUACUUCCGAAAUUCAUAGCUCUUUGCCAGGAAAUAACACGGAUGGACAAAAGGAUUCCACUAGAAGAGAUGUGCAGUUUCAUCAAAGCCCUCGUGGAACUGCAUUCCUACAGAAUGAGAAGAAAGAUUCUGACCUUAAGAUUGUUCCAAAAACCAGAACUUUCUUGAGUUCAUCAAAGCCUGAUAGUCCUUCUUGCACAAGGGUUAUAUCAAGGAAUUUAGCCGAUGAUUUUAAGAAAAAAGCAGAGAAGUCGGACGAGAGAAUCCGAAACCCUCGUGUUCAUGAUCUGUUUGGAAAAGAAAAGCCUGCUGCUGUAUUUGUACCAGGAAUUGUUUCUCAGAAACAGAUAAUCGGUUUGUCCAAGUUUUAUGACUCAAAAGUGUUGCUCGCUGAGCGAGUGGCAGAAACUAAUAGAAAGGGGUUCCCAGAGAGGCUAACGUAUGUGCAAGGUCCAGUCCUGGACUCAGAUGUAGGUCACUUCCGACGUGAAGCUGAUGGAAGUAAACCGUUCUUAAAGCGUAUCAACUUCUUGAGUGCAGAGAAAAAUAGAUUUUCAUCAGAGAGAUCACGUUCAGCUCCACGAUCAAGAAAAGCUGAAUCUAGUCCCUCAAGAAGCAGGACUUUAGACAGAAGAUCAACAGAAACACUACCCACACAGCCAGAUCAGAGACCAGUUAAAGUUGUGUCAGAAAGAGCAAGGAGCAUUUCACCAUUUCGUCGACUCAGCUUCAGCAUUGGAAAGUCCAGCAAAAACUCCAACUCUGAAAAUGCCCCGACUCCUCCCCACUUAAGCGCAGCACUUAAAUCAUCACGAGCUGAUUUAGACAAUCGAUCUACCUCUUCUAUCAGUGACAGCUCUUUAGAUAACACCACUAUAGCAAACAGAGGCAGGUCUAGUCCCUUGAGAAGGUUACUCGAGCCGCUGAUUAGACCCAAAUCAAGUCAUGCAUGUAGAUCUCCUGAGCCAUCACUGAAGGGUGUACCUUCAAUUCACCAAAAGCAUAUUCUAUCCGAGGGUCAACCAUCUUCUUCAUCCCUUCUUUCAAGAAAUGGAAAAACUUCAACCGUGCAGGCUCUAUUUCGUGUGACGUCUAAGAAUGAUCAACCACUGUUCACUUUUGCGGUUGACAAGGAACUAAGCAUUACAGCAGCCACAAUAAGAAAGCAGUUUGCCCCAGAGAAGGAAGAUUAUGGACACAAGUAUACGUUUUUCACUGUGCAGGAAGUACAGAAGAAAAAUGGGAAAUGGAUAAACCACACUAGGAAGGUGCAAAGCCAAGAGUACACAUCUAACAUCGUCGCUCAGAUGAGAGUCUCUUGUUCUAAGCAUCUGAUUCCCGCUGGAGAAAGUUCUGUCGACAACCUUUUAACCAGAGAAUUUGUACUCUUCGCAUCUGAAUCACAGCGGAAUAACGAGCUAGCUGCCAUGGUGAUCAAGGUCCCGAGAAUCGGUGACACGAGCGUAACCAAAGACCCUUGUCGAGACCAGAAACAGAACGGAACCACACUUGGAGAUUACUUUGCAGGCGUUAACGCAACAGUGGUGCUUCCAAGUGGUAUUCACAGUCUCCCACACAAAGGAGGUCCUUCGUCGCUGAUCCAAAGAUGGAAAUCAGGUGGAUCAUGUGACUGUGGAGGCUGGGACAUGGGCUGCAACCUUAAAAUCCUCACCAAUAAUCAGUCUAAUAAACCCACAAACCUCUCUGCCUCCACUUCAGAUGCUUUCAAGCUUUUCUUUCAGGGAGGAUUACAGGAUAAUAACAACCAACCGUUCUUGAGUUUCACUCCAUACAGAGAAGGUGUUUACGCGGUUGAGUACAAUACAUCACUCUCACUCUUGCAAGCAUUCUCCAUUUGUAUAGCGGUUAACGAGGGACGAAAUCCGGUUAAGACCGUGGAACCAAACACCUCGCGUGCAGACAACAAAGCUUAUUACGGAGAGGUGUCGUCGAUGACUCAAAGCGAGAGGUUGAAGUCAUUUUCAGGUCCUAUUGAAGCUGAGGCUCCGGCAAAGUAUCUUUCACAACCACCGUUGUCUCCUGUGGGUAGGGUUUAGUUGCUUCUUCAACAAAUAAUCUGCUAUAUAUAUGAUCUUAGUCUAUGAUGAUGGGUUCGUAUUUUCUAUGUAAUUACGGUGUGGGAGUAGAUUACGUUAAAUAGAAAUUUGUGAAACUUGUUUUAAUCGAAUAUCCAUAAAUUAAAUAUUUAAGGAAAUAAAAUAUGUAAUGUGUUAUUUUUUCUACUUGUAUGUAGAUUGAAACCCUAGAUUCUAUUUAUUUCUAUCA